AUGGCAUCCGUUCAACUAUCGUUCUCCUUGCGCACAUCGUCUGGCGUAAAGACCGUCCAUCUUCUUGGUUCUUGGGACCAUUACGCCGGACAACUUCCACUCUCUAAGGACAAGUCUUCUUCAAAAUCGGGUGGUUGGAAAGGUACAUUCCGAUUCCAGGGCGCCACUCUCCAGCCCGGACAGCGAUACUGGUACUACUACAUCAUCGAUGGAUACCAUGUAUCGCACGACCCUGGACAACCCUCUACUACCGAACCUACCACUGGACGCAUCUUGAACAUCCUUGAUGUUCCACACGAGAAGUCCUCCAGCAAGCACUCUUCCUCAAAAACCAGCUCAAGAGACUCUCGCCGUGACAGUCACCUGACGGUCGACAUCCCAAAGGGCCGACCUCUAUCUAUCUCCCAGAUCCAGUCGCCGAAACCGGUUUCUCCACACGCGACCAAAUAUAUUCUGGAAGCCGAUUAUGGCGCACCGUCAGUCGAUGAGCUCACAUCUCGCUUCAUCGCCACUUCAAUCGAGGACGAUUAUGGCUACGACCUCGCGGGCUCUCCACCUUCAUCAGUGGGCUCGAGUCUGUCAAGCCGCUCGGACAGCAGCUCCCCGAGCUCCGCCAGUUCUCUCAGCGACUACAGCAGCAGUCGUUCUUCUUCCGCGGGCUGUACUUGUCAACGUUACGGCAUUACGCGCAAAGGAGACAGAGUCAAGCUCGACUGUGGGGGCUCCCGCUGUGGCUACAGUGACGACUCAAGUUCUUGUUGUUCUUCCGGCGGCGAGGAAGAGUACAUCCCCGGCAGCUCUCGCCGUCACGGGCUCGUCGUGAGAAGAUGA